AAUAAAGGUGUGUUCCACUUAUCGCCCAAAACGCCCAAAAUGCCCCAAUAUCCUAUCCCAGUAGCCGUCGUCUGGGCGUUACGGGCGAUAAGUGGAACGCACCUUAAGUGUCACUCCCCUGGACUUCCUUUCCAAGUUCCAAGCUGUGCUCGCCAAAAUGCAGAAGGUAACGAAGCAGAAGGAACCAAACCAUUCGGUGCAAGUCUUCGGACGCAAGAAAAGUGCCACUGCAGUUGCGUACUGCAAGCGCGGGCAUGGACUUCUCCGUGUCAAUGGACGUCCUCUGGAGUUGGUGGAACCCAGGGUGCUCCAAUAUAAACUGCAGGAACCCAUCCUGCUCCUUGGAAAGGAAAAGUUCUCUGGUGUUGACAUCAGAGUAAGAGUCAAUGGAGGGGGUCACGUGGCACAAAUUUAUGCCAUUCGGCAAGCCAUUUCCAAAGCCCUCGUUGCGUAUUACCAAAAGUACGUAGAUGAAGCGAGUAAAAAGGAAGUCAAGGACAUCCUUAUACAAUACGACCGUACACUUCUCGUUGCGGACCCGAGACGGUGCGAGCCGAAAAAAUUCGGUGGUCCGGGUGCAAGAGCACGAUACCAAAAAUCGUAUCGUUAAUUUUAAACAAGUUUUCAUACGCUAUAUCUACAUAAUUGAAUAAAAAAUAAAAAAUAAAAAAAAAU